AUCGCAACGAAGAAACAUCCUUUUGUGUCUUCCCCAAUUUCCAGAUUCAAUCCCAGAGACCUGAGGAAGGUGAUUCUUGUUGGGACGAAGCUCCUUGACUAUUUUCUAUUAUGGGGGAAAACUCGGCCGAAACGGCGUCGUCAAGCUCACAACCUUCCUCCUCUUCUCCUCCACAGAAAUCGACCGAAGAAGUUUUCAAACAAUCCCAGAUCCCGGCAUUUUACAAUUUUCCGGCAGUCCCAGAUGGUUAUUAUCAAAUGUAUCCUGUUAUGUACCCCGUCCCAGUUCCAGGAUUUGUUCCUCCUCAAAACGAAGAACAUAGGAACCGCGGAGCAGGCAUAUAUGCUGUGCCUGUAAACCCAUAUAUGGGGCAUGUAACCGGAAUACCAUAUAAUACACUGAUUCCUCUGACCUACAAUACACCCACUAGGCCAACCUCUGAGGCUAGUACUAAUGCUGAAAAUCAGGGGCAAGCAGCACAACAGCAACAUCAACAGCAGCAGCCUGCCCCUCAAAGACAAGUUGUUGUUAGGAGAUUUCAAAUUGCAUUUCAAAUUGAUUUGUUCCUAAUGUUGAAGCUGGCAGCUGUGAUAUUUUUGUUCAACCAAGAUGGAUCAAGGCAGAGGCUUAUUGUCCUUGUGUUAUUUGCUUCUAUUGUAUAUUUAUACCAAACUGGAGCUUUGACACCAAUCGUAAGGUGGCUUUCACAAGGCAUGCAGAGAGCGGCUGCACCUCCUCAUCCACCAAGACCUGCAGCCAGGGCUGAAAAUGUUCCUGCUGCCAGGCAGGGAGUUGACAAUGCUGUUCCCGCAGAGGUUCAACCCCAAGGUGGGAUGGUGAACCAGAACCAGCCGGCGGCUAACGAGGCAGACCGAGUGGUUGAGAAUGAAAAUGUGGCACAGCCAGAGGUAGGCAAUGGGGGUAAUCAAUGGUGGGGAAUUGUGAAGGAGGUCCAGAUGAUUGUCUUUGGAUUUAUAACCUCAUUACUACCUGGAUUCCAUAACCAUAUGGAUUGAUUUUUACUUUGCAAGAUACAUGGGAGGGAGAGAGUCUUCUCAAAUAAACGUGUAGAAUAUGAACUUCAUAGCGUUGUAGUUUCUUACAUAAUUGCUAUGGUGCAAUUAAAGGAUGCCAGUUUUUUUUCCCCUUGUUAUUUCAGAUUGAGUUGGGUACUUCUUCAUAGCGAAGUGCGCGUCUUCCUAGGUUUUUUUGUUUUGUUUUUUUGCGGUUUAUUGUAUCAUUUUUUAAAAAGCAUUGCAGACAAACAUUUUGUCCUUUUCCUUGGACUGGUUUAAUCGUAAAUUGAUGGGUA